UGAAAAUUUGGAGUCGCUGUUGUUCUUCAGGAAUCCUCUGUGAUUUUGUAGUGUAUGAAGGUGGCACUGGGAAAAAAUCUUUACUUGGCAUGGGAGGUGAUGUUGUGGUCAAGCUUUGUGAAACUCUCCCAUCAGACCACAACUACAAAGUCUUUGCGGACAAUCUUUUUUCUUCAGUACCACUGGUACUCAACCUUCUUCAACGAAAGAUCUACUUUGUGGGAACUCUGCGUGGCAAUCGCUUAGCUGGGUGUCAGCUUGAAGAUGAUAAAAGUCUUGCCAAGAGAGGCAGAGGAUCUGUUGACGCCAGAGUGGAAAAAAAAGAAAGGCUGGUCAUUGUCAAGUGGUAUGACAACAAAUCUGUUACCCUGAUCUCAUCCUAUUGUGCAGUUGAGCCUCAAGAUAAUGCUCGACGCUGGAGCAAAGCAGACAAGACAUUUUUGGAGGUCAGGAGGCCACACAUUGUGAAGGAAUAUAACACAUUCAUGGGAGGACUGGAUCUCCUUGAUGCAUGCAUUGCAAGAUGCAAGUAUCACAUGAGGUCACGGAGGUGGUACCUCUACUUGUUCUGGCACACCAUCAUGUUAGGUCUAGUUAAUGCAUGGUUGAUCUACCGCCGUGACUGUAAACUACUUGGUGUCAAAAAUGUACUGCGACAAAAGCCCUUCCAGGCAGAGGUUGCCACUAGCCUCAUUCUUUUGCAGGCAUCAAGAGGCCGACCAUCACUCAAUCCCACAUCUUCAUCACCAUCACCACCACCACCACCGCCCAAAAGGGUUCGUCUUGGAGUUCCAGAUGAUGUUCGCUCUGACCAAGUUGCACAUUGGCCUGUGAAAUGUGACAAACGCGGCCGCUGCAAACACUGCAAAGUCAACGCGACGACCACUCUCUGUGAGAAAUGUGAUGUGCGUCUUUGCUUCACUGAGGAACGCAACUGUUUCAAGUCUUACCAUCUAGUGUAGGCUAAACCCCCCCGCCCCCCCACAACUUUUGUUUUUGGGUCUGUUGUUCAGUUCUCUGUACCCAUGGUAGCUUGUUACAAAUGCAAACAAAUAUGCAGCAUUAUUUAUUUUUGAUAAAGUUGGCAAUUUUGUGACACAA